UAGAGAGGUAGAACCUAGACGCCGCCGAACUAUUAACAACUAAAUCGUCGAUUGAGGAAGUGGUAUAGUAACAUUCUAAUGUACCCACAGCAGUCGUUCGUGCUACUGCUGCAGAGCACGUUCAGUUAACCAUGGACCGGCCACCCGAAAACCUUAGCGAUGGCCAACCACCGUUUUGGAAACAGCGCAGGAACUUGGUCGCGUUCCUGGCAUUUCUGGGUUUCUUCAACGUCUACACCCUUCGAGUGAACUUGAGCGUCGGAAUCGUAGCCAUGACGUCAUCCUCGGAUACGCGGACGAGCGAAUUUGACUGGGGCCCAGAACUUCGUGGUGCGAUUUUGAGUUCGUUCUUUUAUGGAUAUAUUUCUACGCAACUUAUAGGUGGUCUGCUGGGCGCAAAGAUAGGGGGCGUGAAAUUGAUCGGUUACGGAGUCUUUAGCACAGCGAUCCUGACGAUCCUAACCCCAGUGGCUGCCAGAUAUUCCGUUUAUCUAGUCAUCGUUCUCAGAGUCAUCGAGGGAGUUUUCGAGGGAGUCGUAUAUCCUGGCAUACAUGCCGUGUGGUCGAGAUGGGCGCCGCCCGCGGAACGCACCCGGCUGGGAUCGUUUGCAUUUUCCGGCAGUUUUGUGGGCACAGUCGUCGGAUACCCGAUGUGCGGUUGGUUAGCCGAAAAAUACGGUUGGCCGUCUACGUUUUAUGUACCAGGUUUUGUAGCUAUAAUUUGGUGUGUGGUUUGGUUGACAUGUAUCACCGAAUCUCCAGUAGAAGACAAACACAUUACGAAAGAAGAGCUCAAGUACAUAGUGGAUUCAAUAGGUCCGACGGAUGACACUAAAAUCAGCUUUGUAGACUACCCCUGGAAAGAUAUAUUAACAUCGAUGCCAGUUUGGGCGAUAACGUGCGCCCAUUUUUGUGAAAACUGGGGAUUCUACACGUUACUUACGCAACUACCAAGCUACAUGAACGAUGUACUAAAGUUUAACAUUGGAAAAGGAAGUUUACUGUCAGCUCUACCAUAUCUCGUCAUGUCCAUUAUUCUCCAGUUUAGUGGGUUCUUUGUAGACUGGCUUCGGAAAAAUGAAAUACUCACUACUACACAAGUGAGAAAGGUUUUCAACUGUGGUGCUUUUGUAAGCCAAACUAUAUUCAUGUAUUUAGCAUCGAAUUCUAGAUCUGAAAUUGGAUCUAUAUUUUGUUUAACGUUGGCAGUGGGUCUUGGAGCAUUUGCUUGGUCCGGAUUCAGCAUUAACCCAUUAGAUAUAGCACCUCAAUACGCUAGUAUUUUGUUGGGAAUCUCCAACACGUUUGCAACUAUACCUGGCAUUGUGAGUCCUAUGUUGGCUGGUGUUAUUGUGCAAAACAAAAGCGCAGAAGAAUGGCAAUGGGUGUUUUUAAUUUCUAGCGGUAUAUAUAUGUUUGGAGCAGUAUUCUAUGGCAUAUUUGCUUCAGGAGAACGACAACCAUGGGCCAAAAUUAAAAUUGAAGAAAAGAACGGUCAUGAUAAUAAAACUUUCGAAAAUGUAGCCUAAUAUAAAGUUAUAAUUUGUGGUGUCCAUAAUUUAAAUGAAAUUGUUGGAAUAUAAGUAUAAAUUUUGUUUGAGAAAAAUCCUACCUUUUGAAACAAUUUGACCAUUUUAUAUAAUUUGUAGGUAAAUUUUUGUUGUUUUAGUUUUAAUUGUGCGAUUGUGAUAGAAAAAAAAAGAGCAUUGAUAUUGUUUAUUAAAUGACUACCUUAAACUGUAAACAUUUAUUUUAAAAUGUGAUUAAUUAGUAUUAAUUUUGAAUUUAUUGUUUAUUAAAAUAAUAAAAUGAUUUAUGUACAAUGUACAUUAUAUACGUAGAAUAUGUA